ACAUGAUUUUGUUUACGAGGAAGUAGCGAGCCACUAUACAACUAUUAAACAUCCAUGCUUAGCACCAAUUCAACACAUAUAUUAAAGGAAGCAUUUAGGUACAAAUGCGGUGUUAUAUCUCGUUCUUUAUAGGAAGCAAGAGUUAAUUUUAGCCCCUUAACAUAUGAGCUAAAGUUAGCUGAGCUAGCUUUGAGACUCAGGAACUAUUUUUGCCUUUUCUAACUGUAAUGUAAACAGCAGCUGUCCACAUGUUUAAGGUGAUUUUUUAAAUACAGUUUUCAUUAGAAGAUAUGCGAUCUUUAAACUACGUCCAACGUGUCAGCUUGGACUUUUCAGGGACUCUGUUUCCUCAUGCUAUCUGUCUGGGAGAUGCAGACAACGACUCGCUGAACGAGCUGGUUGUAGGAGACACCAACGGGAAGCUGUUUGUGUACAAGAACGAUGACUCCAAACCCUGGAUCACAAGAACCUGUGUGGGCAUGCUGACCUGUGUUGCAGUUGGAGAUGUGUGCAACAAAGGAAGGAACUUUGUGGUGGCCGUUGGUGCGGAGGGCUGGUUCCACCUCUUCGACCUGACAGCUGCCUCUGCUAGUAAAUCAGAUUCAUCCAGUCAGCAUGAAUUCAUGUCCCCAGAUGACCAGAAGCCCCUCUUCACCCAACAUAUUCCCGCCAACACUAAAGUCAUCCUCAUAAGCGAUAUUGAUGGAGAUGGCCGCAAUGAGCUGGUGGUGGGAUACACAGACCGGGUGGUGAGAGCGUUCCGCUGGGAGGAGCCGACUGAGGGCUCAGAGACGGGAACCGGUCAGCUGGUUCUGCUAAAGAAAUGGAUUCUGGAGGGGCAGGUGGACAGUCUGUCGGUGAACCCUGGUCCGGAGGGUCUGCCGGAGCUGAUGGUGUCUCAGCCCGGCUGCGGGUACGCCAUUCUGCUGUGUUCCUGGACCCAGCAGGACUCCUGCAGCUCGGGGGAGGAGGCCCCCCCCACCCCCGGGAGUGAGGGACCCUCCAGAGAUGUUGUUCUCCAUCUGUCCACCGGGCGGAUACACAACAAGAAUGUCUCCACGCACCUGAUCGGCAGCAUCAGUAAAGGUUCAAAAGAGGAGUCGUCUAAAUGUGGGCUGUUUGCUCUCUGUACGUUAGAUGGCACCCUGAAGCUGAUGGACAGCUCGGAGCAGCUGCUGUGGUCGGUCCAGGUGGAUCAUCAGCUGUUCGCUCUGCAGAAACUCGACGUCACAGGAGACGGCAGAGAGGAGGUGGUGGCGUGUGCCUGGGACGGUCAAACAUACAUCAUCGACCACAACCGGACCGCGGUGCGCUUCCAGUUCGACGAGAACGUCAACGCCUUCUGUGCGGGUCAGUACACCUGUAAGGAGGGGAAGAACAGCCCCUGUCUGGUGUACGUCAGCUUCAAUCACAAAAUCUACAUCUACUGGAAGGUGGAGCUGGAGCGCAUGGAGUCCAGCAACAUGCUGCGAGUGCUGGAGGACAACCCCGAGUUUAAAGAGCGUCUGAAGCUGCUGGGAGUCGAUACUGAGGACCCGGCAGCAGUUAGAGCAGCGGUGACAAAUGUUCUCUACAACGAUUUGCACACUUAACACACACAUCAACACACACAUCGACACACUGCUGUCCCUGUGUCCCCCUGCCUGUAAAUACUCUGUUAAUAAACACUGGAUGAAUGUG